CCUCCUUCCAAGAUCACCCAACACUCACCAAACCAGAAUUAAAAAACCUUUCUUGCCGUGCGGAUAAAAUGGCUCCGUGUUCGUCGGAAUGCCAAAAUGGCUACUGGACCUGUACCUGCCAUGGUGGCAAAUGGACCUGCCAUGUCUGUAAUGGCUCCGGGCGGGUUAACGACUCCAACGCAGGGGAGGAAGCCGAUUCCGUCCGUGGCCGCGCGGCUACGGCGUACUGGUCAGACAAGUGCGGCAUGUGUGGUGGCACCGGUCAGAAGUCCUGCCACACGUGCCUUGGCACGCACCGCAAGAAGUGUAAUACAUGUCAUGGAACGGGCAGGGAGCCGGAAGAGUAAAGUCCCACUGGCAGCUACUUUUACUUCAGUUAUGUGGGGUCAAAAUCAUUGGAAGAAGAAUUACUGAUCUAUACUGCACGCGCGGAGCACAUUUCAUAAGUGAGCCAGUCCACCUGUUCGGAGCUGGAGAUGCAUUCAUAGCAUAUCAACGGAGAGAUGGUGCUAUCGCUCACACUGAAAACCCAUGGCGUCGGGCAAGAAGAGGUGCGGGGCGUAGAGGUUUGUGGGGGAGUGGUAUGCUGCUUGUUGGUGGAGGAUGACUGUUGUCUAUCUUCAGGGGUUGGGACUGUUAAUGUUUGUUGGGUCAGAACAAUAAAA